AUGGCUUGUGGCUCGAGGGUACACCAAGGGAAUAAACUCAGUUACAUCGCCAUCCCUAUCCUCUCGAGGAAUUUACCAAUGAAGCCUCCAUUGUCAUAUAUUGAGAGCGGUCACAACCAUCCCCCUCCUCCUCUACGGAUGUCCUCUAAUUUGGGUCACUUACAACAGCAGCCAGGACACAACUAUUCUCACCCCUGGCCCGGUGUGCAUCACGAGGCUGCUGGAGCACACCCAGGCCCCAUAGAUCAAGCUGGCCACCCUCAGAAUAGACCUAGCUGGGUCAUGAUCAGCCUGCAGGAUUUCAUCAGCAUCUCUGAGAAGCUUGAGGAGAUGAACAUACACUGGCCUGUACACCCCUAUUGCCACAUGGCCGAGGGUGGCCCAGCUGGAGGCUACCAGCACGCCAGCCCUCAAGUCCACCCACCUCCCGUGAACGCGGCCCUGGCUAUGGACCGACAGCAGCCCCCUAGUGUCCAGGCAACCCCUUAUGCAGGUGGCCACUAUUACAACAUGGCCCUGCCGAUGAUGAUGAACACCCCUCAGCCGGCCUUUUACAAUUUUGGCGCGGCCCCGGCUCACUUGCAGCCGGCUCACCACCAGCCGCACCCUCCAGCUGCCAAUAUCCAGGCUGUCAAUGAGCACGCCCACAGGGACACAGCCCAGCCGGUCGACAACCAGGAGCCGCUUCAACCUCGCCGCCGCCGUCGCCGCCACCGCCGCCAAAUUCAGCCCUACACGGAGGCUGAAGAGGAGACCAUCCUGUCCAUGAUGGACGCUGGUCGAGGGCCGGUGUCUGUUGCGAAUGUCUUGGAGGGCCGUACGGCCAACGCGAUUCAGGCCAAGUAUUGGCGCAUGAAGGGAGGAGACCCUAGGGGAGCCGAGAAGAGUCGCAAGAAGGCCGCUGAGGCCCGAGAGGACGCAGCCAGCAUGGUUGGCACAUCUGGACAAGAAGAUGAGAGUGACAGGUAG